CUACUACUACUACUACUACUUGUGAAGACCGACUCCACCAUGGACGUUUAACUUAUACUUUAUUAAAUGUACUAUUAGUUUUAUGCUCUGUAAAAUAUGCAGAGCAUCUCCAGGACAUUGCUAGCUCUACGACAGACAUGUCUCCUGGGAAGGCGGACUUAUUUUACAACUGGAGCCCGAUGGAAAAACAUCGACAACUUGGUCCGGAGGUUCCUCAUUAAUUCCAACGGACCCAAAAAGAAGCGAAGAUGGUACGAGACGAAUAUGCUACAGAAUCCCACGCAUCUGGCUCAGCCACAAUUAAAGGGAGAAAAAAACUCGCACCGUCUCCAUGUUUUAAACAAGGUGUUCCUGGAAAAAAUAUGUGACCUCUUGUCAACUGGAAGACUAUCAGCUUUAUUUGUGGGAUAUGGUUUAGAAAUCUCAAGGGUUCAAGUUGCUGCUGGCAUGACUAGCGUUAAUGUCCACUGGUACUGUACUGGGUCAGAUGUGGAUGAUAACAUCUCAAAACUUCUUGAAAGCAGUGCAAAUCAUAUUCGAUUUGAAUUAAGCAAACAGAAUAUGAUUGGAAGGGUUCCGCCCAUACUGUUUGUGAAGGACCGUCGCUAUUAUAAAAUUAUGGAAGUGGAAAGAUGUCUCGCCUUGGCUGACUUUGGAGAAGACUUUGUACCCUCAGAUCCCACUCACCAUGUGAAAACUAACUUGGUAUUGAGAGAGGAAUUAGGUGAUGAAAUCACGAAAGCUCUCAAAAUUACAGAAGAAAACAAUGAGGACUUUUUCAAAGAAGCUCUCAAGUUAUCGGCGUCUUUGUCACACAAAGAAGAAAAAAUAGAUCUUCCCAGUGAUUUGCCUGUUAUGAGGGAUGAAGUCUUAGGAGUUAACACCCAAAAAAUAUUUACGCUGGUUAAACAAAGCAUGACUCGAGCCAGAGCAGAACAUCGCAAAGUUUCAAAUGAUUCGUCAUUCUCCCAAAGCGCAUCGUUUCCCUCUGUGUCUGGUGCACCUCGAACUGAAGAAAUCAGACAGUGGGUCAAUAAAUACAAAAAUCUGCGGAAAAAGCAAAAACAGACCAAGAACUUGGAUGAUGCAUAUCUCUCUCUGCCUCAGUACAUUGAUGACGAUGAUGAUUACAAUGAGGAAAUUUUACCCGAGGAAGAGAAAGAUUACAUGGAAGAAAACUUCUAUUUAGAUAUGCAUGAGAAAACUUGAGUGUUUUAGUUCAGACUGAAUCAACAUCACCUUCGUGAGUAGUGAAAGGGAUUGCUUGUAUCAGCUAGGUACUGGAUUUUUUUUUUUACGGAUUAUGUACGUAUAUGGUAAGAGUGAAGAAGUUAAGUAAUUUCACCCUGGUAUAUUAUGAAAUAAAAAUGGUUGUAAACCACAUUAUUUUUUGAAACUGA